UAAUGGAUAAUCAGCAGAAGGAUCAGAUUGAAGACAUCACUGGCAAUAUUCCGCUCUUCUUAAACAUUUUUCUGGAAUCUGAUUGCAAGAAUUUUGAAGAUGCAUUGGACAACUUAAAUCAACAACUAACAUCAAAGAUACAUGAUCCGAUGACGAACUUUUCAGACACUAUACCAGAAGGAAGACAGGAAUUGUAUGGCAAAAUGGAAGUAUUUGCAGAUAUAAAGUGGAUCAGUUGCAUCGAGAAAUUCAAAAACAACCCAUCGGUUAAAGGAUUUUUUGUGGAGAAGGCGUGUAUUGCUAGUAUUCUUAAGAAUGGAAUCAUGGCAAACGGGAAAUGUAUGCUUUACUUACCACGUUGGAACCAAGAGGCGAUUGAUGGAUUACUGAUUUCGCAAACAAAUAAUAAGUUGUAUGUUGCCCCAAUAGAGGUUACCCUUGAUAAGAGUGGUCAUUCGGAUUCUGAGGUAAAAUUUUUCUCCAGUAUUUGGCCAAAUUUAAAAUCAAACUUACCAGGCUUCGAGGAUGGAUUAGAGAUAAUAUUUAUAUGGAUUACAAGCGAAAGUGAUACAGACGUGACAGUGGAAAUUAAGUCUAGAAAAAUUCGGAAUAAAUCUUUUGAAAUUAAUCCCGAUUACAUUCGGGUAGUAAUGGGAUUUAGAAAUGUCAGCAGAGAUAUCAAUCGAUAUCUAUCUUAG